GGCCCAGCAGGCCUCGGGGAGAGCGGGGAGCUUGCUGAAGGUGCAGGAUUUGGCGCUGAGAGAACUGCUGCUGCUCCGGACCUGGGCGGAACAGGCCAAGGCCUUCCCGGAGGAAGCGCCGAGCGGUGGCACUGUGGAGCGGCGGCACCGAGGAGCAGGUCUCUGCCGCUGCCUAUCCAGAGAGGGCUUGUUAUCUACAUAUGCUUCUUCAAAGGUGCUGAUGAGGAUCUUGUUCCAAAAAUUGUCAAUAUGCUGUUGAAUGUUAAACUAAGUGAAAACGAAAGCGGCGAGUAUGUUUCUGUUCUUGAUUUACCAGGCAAUGUGUUAAUCAUACCACAAGCUACCCUAGGUGGUAAACUGAAGGGAAGAAAGAUGCAGUACCAUGCAAACAUUGAAAAAGAAAAAGGGCUGGAACUUUAUUCUCAGUUUGUGACUUUGUGUGAAAAAGAACUGGCUGCCAAUGCCAAAUGUAUGGAAGCAGGUGUUCUCGUCAAGCAUGGCACAUAUGGAAACAGGCAGGUGUUAAAAAUGGAUACAAAUGGACCUUACACUCAUUUGAUUGAAUUUUGAAAAAACAAACAGUAUCCUGGAUACAGUACUGGCUUGUAACUGUUGUCUUUUUUUUUUUUUUUUUCCCAUUUCUAGGCAUUAAUGUACUUAGAUGGCUUGGGUGAUACAGUGUAAGACUUUCACUCAUCUGUACUGAUGUUGCCAAUAGAAGGAUGCCUGAGACUGCUUUGCAAUAAUGAGUAUGUGUUUUAUGUCCAUAUUCAUCUGAAGUGUGCUCAAAAUAAUUGUCAAUAUUGAUCCAAUGAAGAUGUAUAAUUGGAAGGCUUUAUUGACAAAAAUGGGGUAAUGCACGUGUUUCUUGCUACAGAAUAAUGACAAAAGUAUUACAUGUAUUAGUUAUUGCAAAGAAUGCUCGAGAAAGCAAAGUUUAUAGAUUAAAAAAAAGGAAUGCUGUAGAUGUACUUAUUUGUUCCCAGGUUUUCUGAGCCAGACAAUUUUUGUCUUUUAGUAUUCUACCUAUAAAAUAGCAAUGCUUUCUAGUGAACAAAUAUAUUGAAAGCACAACUUCACUGAAUUUUUAGCCUCUUAGAGAGUAGGUACUAAAUAAGGUAAGUCCACCCCCCUCACCCAGAGCAUGUAGGGGUGGGAUACUUAAGGUAGUACUAGGACUGAACAUGGGCUGUACAGGGAAGAAAAAGCAAGGCGCAUCUAUAAACUGAAGCCAAGGCUGUGCCACUGAAUUGCUUUCUUGGAGUUUGCACUCUGAAAUCUGAUGUGUUUUGAUAGGCUGCUUCCUAUAGCUUGGUCGGCGUCCUUGUUACCUUGGUCUUGUUGUCUAUUCAGUUCUUUCAUAACAGAGCCUCAGGAAAAGGACUGAAAUAUUCAAAUGAAAACAAAAAUAAAAAUGGUAGGCUGUAUGUUGCCAUCUCAUUGUUCCCUCUGCCCCUACUGCUUCCUUCCAGCUUUAUUGUCUAUUGAAUCUGCCAGGCAGAGACUAGCUUAUAUUACUUUUAUAUAGAGUGUUGGCACAUUUGGGGCCCCAUUCCCAGCCGACCCCCUAUGCGGUACUGUCAUAAACAUUAUUAACAGAUGGUGUUAAGAAGAUAUAAUGGGAAAUUCUGUCUUGUGAGGCAGUAAGAACAGAACAGCUACAUUAAAAUGUGCCAAAUUCAAAACUGAUUCAAGUGCAUUCAUCCUCUGAGUCAAGUUUCUCUUUUACUGCAAUAUCACGGCUUUUGAAGUCAGUAAUUUAGAAGGGUUCAAAGUGAAAUUAGACAAUUAUAUGGUUUGCAAUAAUUAUGCAUAAUUCUCAUUUAAAUAAUAAAUUCUUCUGGAAAAUAUGUAAAACCUCAUGGUUAGUGAGCAUGCCAACUUGUGCAAUCUGAAGUUGUAGGUCAGUAGUUGCAAAUAUUCUCUCCUUAUCUUUAUUUUUUUAAAAAACAUAACUGAAUGUGUAAUCUGCAGGCUCAAACUAUGCUGUAAGAAUCACGUUUUUUUAACAGAUGCAAAGCUCAUAGAUUUUAUAAGAGAGUAAUGAGAUUUUUCAGAUUAACAUAAUGUAUGGUUUAUAAUUAUGAAAUUAAAGACGUUGAAUUCCUGGCAAGUGGCACUCUCACAAUUGAAAACAACUAUUCACACAAAUGGCCUGGAAAUAUUAGCCAGGUCCCAAAUGACACAUUUAUUCAUUAAUAAUUAACAGUUAUGACAGACACAAUAUGAGUCAUGUUCAAAGUUCUUACUAGCGACAUUUAAAUAAGAUUGUCCUGAUGUGAAUAACUAAUACGAAUUCAUUAUGAUCUGUGUGCUUGAGAGAACUUUUUUUUUAUUCCUCUUUCUGUUGGAGGCCAGAUCCUAAAAAGUGCUGAGUAAUAACCACUUUUCACUGACCUUACAGGAAUUGCGGCUAUUCAGUAUAUCUCAAGAAUUGAUCCUUUGAAGUAUGAUACAAACUGCAGUUUUUAAUUUUUUUUUCCUCUGGCGUCAGAAAGA